UAUCUCCUCCUCACCUCCCCCCUCUUCCUCCACCAUCCUCCUCCCCCCUUCAGUCCUCUCUUCUUAUCUUCUCUAUGGACUGGUAACCUCAGCAUCAUCGUAGUUAUUCACCGCUCCAGAAACCUGAGAGAGAGACAGAGUAAAACCGACCCUCGCUCCACCUGAAGGAAGUCUGGGAUGCCUCCUCACUCCAGCUGAGUGAGCUGUACGAAGCGGAAGCAGAAGAGGGACCCGUUGUUCCUGAGCGAGGACCAGUCAUGCGUUUCCAUUUUGCAUUGACGCUGCAGGCGCUGUGGACCGGUGUGUGCCAGGCGGCCAUGCAGCACUACCCUGCAGCGUGGGGCCACUACGACGUAUGUAAGUCCCAGAUUUACACAGACGAGGGCCUGACCUGGGACUACAUGGCCUGCCAGCCAGAGGCAGCGGACAUGACCCAGUACCUGAAGGUCACCCUGGAUCCCCCCAACAUCACCUGUGGAGACCCUCCUGAGACAUACUGCGCCCUGGAAAACCCUUACAUGUGUAAUAAUGAAUGUGAUGCCAGCACAGAGGAGCUCGCCCACCCUCCGGAGCUCAUGUUCGACAUCGAGGGCCGUAACCCCACCACCUUCUGGCAGUCCACAUCCUGGAAGAAGUACCCCAAGGCCCUCCUGGUCAACAUCACGCUGUCUUGGAACAAGACCAUCGAGCUGACCGACGACAUCGUCCUCACCUUCGAGUCGGGCCGACCCGAGCAGAUGGUCCUGGAAAAGUCGCUGGAUUAUGGACGGACCUGGCAGCCCUACCAGUUCUAUGCCACUGACUGCCUGGACGCCUUCACCAUGGAGCCCAAGACGGUGCAGGACCUGACCCAGCAUACCCUGCUGGACAUCAUCUGCACGGAGGACUACUCACGAGGUUAUGUGUGGAAGUAUGACAAAACUGUGCGCUUUGAGAUCAAGGACCGCUUUGCGCUGUUUGCUGGGCCCCGGCUCCACAACAUGGCCUCGCUUUAUGGCCAGCUGGACACCACCAAGAACCUGAGGGACUUCUUUACCAUCACAGACCUGAGAAUCCGCCUGCUCCGACCUGCCACAGGAGCUACGAUGGUGGACGAGAACAACCUGUCCAGAUACUUCUAUGCCAUUUCUGACAUCAAAGUGCAGGGCAGGUGCAAGUGCAACCUUCAUGCUAACAGCUGCGUAUAUGACAAAGAGAAGCUGAGCUGCGAGUGUGAGCACAACACCACUGGGCCCGACUGCGGCCGCUGUAAGAGGAAUUACCAGGGGCGAGCAUGGAGUGCUGGCUCCUACCUGCCCAUCCCCAAGGGCACGGCUAAUAUCUGUAUUCCUAAUAACAUUGGUCCAGUUAGUAAGUACACUCUUACAAAGGAGCGAUAUUCUUGAUGCUUGAUGCUUUGCUUUGCCUUC